AUGCUACAGAGGAGCAGGCUGUUGUGGCUAAUUGUCUUGCUAACUUUGUGGGCUUCUUCAAAUGCUCAGGAUGGUAACAAGGAAGAUGAGACUACGUUUGACUUAUUUCAAAUCAGUAACAUAAGCCGAAAGACAAUUGGAGCAAAAUUAUUUCGGGGUCCAAAUCCCACCGUCCCGGCAUAUCGUUUCAUCCGAUUUGACCAUAUACCUCCAUUUAAUCCAGAGAAAUUCAAACAGAUUCUCAACCUCAUCCGGAAAAAUGAGGGCUUUAUUCUUUCAGCCACCCUAAGGCAGGACAGGCAAUCCAGAGGUACUAUCAUUGCUUUAGAGGGCCCUGGCAUCUCUCAGAGACAGUUUGAGAUUAUUUCCAAUGGCCGAGCCAAUACCCUGGACCUUAUCUAUUGGGCAGAUGGCUCCCAGAAUGUAAUUUCCUUGGAAGAUGUGGACCUAGCAGACUCACAUUGGAAGAACCUCACAGUGCAAGUAACAGGGGAGAACUACAGCCUCUAUGUUGGUUGUGACCUUAUUGACAGCUUCAUCCUGGAGGAGCCUUUCUAUGAGCAGCUGAAAGCAGAGAACAGUAGAAUGUAUGUGACAAAGGGGUCCAUUCGAGAGAACCAUUUCAGGGGUCUAAUUCAAAAUAUUCAUUUAAUUUUUGAUACUUCAGUAGAGGAUGUUCUGCGUAACAAAGGAUGUCAGAGGAGCCAGACAACUGAAGUGAACACUAUCAAUGAGAGUACUGAAAUCCUUCACCUUAACCCUGCUGUCACCACGGAGUAUGUUGGUGAACAGACAGAGAAGACGAUGGAGUUCUGUGACCGCUCCUGUGAAGAGCUGGGAACUAUGUUCACUGAGCUCACUGGGUUGCGCAUUGUUGUUAACAAUUUAGUGGAUAACCUUCAAAAAGUGUCUGAGGAGAACCAAAUUAUGUGGGAAUUGAUUGGGCCUAACAAAACUCUAAAGAACCAGUCGGUCUGCUGGCAGGAUGGUCGUGCCUUUGCAGAUAAUGAAAACUGGGUUGUGGAUAGCUGUACCAAAUGUACCUGCGAGAAUUCUAAAACCGUGUGCCAUCAACUCACUUGUCCAGCAGUGUUUUGUGCCAAUCCAUCAUUUAUUGAAGGUGAAUGCUGUCCUGUCUGCUUUCAUUCCAAAGACAGUGAAGAUGGUUGGUCUCCAUGGUCGGAGUGGACAGAGUGCUCAGUGACAUGUGGCUCUGGAACACAGCAGAGAGGAAGGUCAUGUGAUGUCACCAGCAACACUUGUGUAGGCCCGUCCAUCCAGACAAGAACGUGUAGUCUUGGCAAAUGUGACAAUCGCAUACGUCAAGAUGGUGGCUGGAGUCACUGGUCUCCUUGGUCUUCCUGUUCUGUGACCUGUGGAGUAGGCAACAUCACUCGCAUCCGUCUCUGCAAUUCCCCCAUCCCGCAGAUGGGUGGGAAAAUUUGUAAAGGAAGUGGCCGUGAAACAAAAGAAUGUGAGGGAGUCCCAUGUCCAGUUAAUGGUAGAUGGGGUCCUUGGUCUCCAUGGUCCACAUGCUCUGUCACCUGUGGAGGAGGGAUCCGUGAGAGGUCUCGUCUCUGUAACAGCCCAGAGCCACAGUAUGGAGGAAAGAAAUGUGUGGGAGAUGUCAAGCAACAUGAUAUAUGCAACAAGAAUGAUUGCCCAAUUGAUGGGUGUUUGUCAAAUCCGUGCUUUCCUGGAGCAGAAUGCAGCAGUUACCCUGAUGGGUCUUGGUCAUGUGGCCCAUGUCCAGCUGGGUACCUUGGUAAUGGAACAGUGUGUGAGGAUCUUGAUGAGUGUAUAGCUGUGCCAGACAUUUGUUUUAAGGUGAAUCAGGUCCAUCGCUGUGUGAAUGCAAAUCCAGGGUUCCACUGCCUGCCCUGCCCUCCACGCUACAAAGGAAAUCAGCCUUUCGGGGUGGGCCUGGAGGUUGCCAAGACAGAAAAGCAAGUGUGUGAACCUGAAAAUCCAUGCCUAGAUAUGACACACAGCUGCCACAAAUCUGCAGAGUGCAUCUACCUGGGCCAUUUCAGUGACCCUAUGUACAAGUGUGAAUGUAGAACAGGAUAUGCUGGUGAUGGACGCAUCUGCGGUGAAGAUUCUGACCUGGAUGGUUGGCCCAAUAGCAACCUGGUCUGUGCUGCCAAUGCUACUUACCAUUGCAUGAAGGAUAACUGCCCCCAUCUGCCUAAUUCUGGACAGGAAGACUUUGAUAAGGAUGGCAAAGGUGAUGCCUGUGAUGAAGAUGAUGACAAUGAUGGGGUAGAGGAUGACAAAGACAAUUGCCCUCUUCUGUUCAACCCCCGUCAGUUUGAUUAUGACAAGGAUGAAGUUGGUGACCGCUGUGAUAAUUGCCCGUAUGUGCACAACCCUGCUCAGAUUGACACUGAUAAUAACGGAGAGGGUGACUCAUGUGCUGUGGAUAUUGAUGGUGAUGACAUUUUUAAUGAUCGAGAUAACUGUCCAUACGUUUACAACACUGACCAGAGAGAUACAGAUGGGGAUGGAGUAGGUGAUCAUUGUGAUAACUGUCCAUUGGUGCACAAUCCCGAUCAGACUGACAUAGAUAAUGACCUGGUUGGUGACCAGUGUGACAACAAUGAGGACAUAGAUGAAGAUGGUCACCAGAACAACCAAGAUAACUGCCCCUACAUCCCCAAUUCUAACCAGGCUGACCAUGAUAAGGAUGGCAAAGGGGAUGCAUGUGAUUCUGACGAUGACAAUGAUGGUGUUCCUGAUGACAGGGACAAUUGUCGGCUCAUGUUCAACCCUGACCAAAAGGACUCUGAUGGUGAUGGCAGAGGUGAUAUCUGCAAAGACGAUUUUGACAAUGACAGCGUCCCAGAUAUUUAUGACGUGUGCCCCGAAAAUAUUGACAUCAGUGAAACUGACUUCAGAAAGUUCCAGAUGGUCCCCCUGGAUCCAAAGGGAACAGCUCAAAUUGACCCCAACUGGGUUAUUCGCCACCAGGGCAAAGAACUGGUGCAGACUGCCAACUCUGAUCCUGGCAUAGCAGUAGGUUUCGAUGAGUUCACCUCUGUUGACUUCAGUGGCACAUUCUAUGUUAACACAGACCGUGAUGACGAUUAUGCCGGGUUUGUGUUUGGUUAUCAGUCCAGCAGUCGAUUUUAUGUCCUGAUGUGGAAGCAAGUCACACAGACCUACUGGGAGGACAAGCCCACCAGGGCUUAUGGUUAUUCAGGGGUAUCACUCAAAGUAGUGAACUCCACGACUGGCACUGGUGAGCACUUGAGAAAUGCUCUCUGGCACACGGGAAACACACCUGGACAGGUACGUACCUUGUGGCAUGACCCCAAGAAUGUUGGCUGGAAAGAUUAUACUGCCUACAGGUGGCAGUUGAUUCACAGGCCUAAAACAGGAUUAAUAAAAGUUUUAGUAUAUGAAGGAAAACAGGUCAUGGUAGACUCUGGACCAAUCUAUGAUAAGACCUAUGCUGGUGGACGAUUAGGUCUUUUUGUCUUCUCUCAAGAAAUGGUCUACUUCUCUGACCUCAAAUAUGAAUGCAGAGAAAAAGACACAGAAAUUUGCAAACCAGCAGAACAGGCAAAAUUGCAAGUUCAGACCCUAAGUAAGGAGAGUCAAGAAACCUACAUGACGUUAUCAUGCAGUGAAAUUUGA